AGACUGGCCUGCGAAGUGCGCAUGCGCGAGGGGAGGAAAGCGGAAGAAGGCAUCAUGUCGAUAGAAGACCCAUUUUUCGUCGUGAAGGGGGAGGUGCAGAAGGCCCUUUCUCGUGCCCGGAGCCUGUUUGAUAGAUGGGAGGAGCUGCUGCAGGAUGGGACACAGGUGAGUCGUGACGAGCUGGACUGGAGUACCAAUGAACUGAGGAACUGUCUGAGGGCCAUAGACUGGGACCUGGAGGACCUCAGUGAGACCAUCAAUAUCGUGGAGUCGAACCCGGGGAAGUUCAAACUGGGCGACAAUGAGCUUCAGGAGAGGAGAGACUUUGUGGAGCGAACCAGGAAAUCUGUCCAGGAGAUGAAGGAUCAGUUGUCCAGCCCGUCUGCUGUGGCCCAGGCAGAGAAGAAGAACAGACAGGCUCUGCUGACGUCUUCAGGCCAGGACAGGUCAACAGGACUCGAGGCUCACAUGGUGUCUGCAAACUCCAGAUACAUCGAGGAGCAACAGGAACAGCAGCAGCUGAUCAUGCAGGAGCAGGACGAGCAGCUGGAGUUGGUGUCGGGCAGCAUCAGAGUCCUCAAAGACAUGUCGGGACGCAUCGGGGACGAGCUGGACGAGCAGGCUGUCAUGUUGGGGGACUUUGGAGACGAGAUGGACCAGACGUCGUCCCGCAUGGACUCGGUCUUAAAGAAGCUGGAGAAGGUGUCUCACAUGACCAGCAGUCGCAGACAGUGGUGUGCCAUCGGCGUGCUGGUCGCCAUCAUGAUCGUCGUCCUCAUCCUCUUCUUCGCCCUCUGAUCGCAGUGACCUCUGACCUCCCGACUGAGCUCAGCGACUCCUCCCUGUUAGGACGGACAGACGGACGGAUGGAUUGAUAGAUAGAUAGAUGUCUGGAUGGAUGGACGGACAGAUGAGAGGAGGAGGGACGCGUCUCUCCUCCUUCCCCCUCCCCCUUUCUUCACACUGAGGAGAAACUGGUGACCUGCAGAGAGGAGUCAGGAUAUAAUCCUCCUCCUCUUCUCUGCUUUUAAUCAUUCAAGUGAGAAAAAAAAAACAAAAGAAAAAAGCAGGAGCUCAACACGCAGAAACCUCGGAGGUGUUACGGAUUUCAAACUGGUGCAUUUCGGUUAUUGUUGGAGAAAACGGUACUGAGCGUGAGAGUCGGGACGGGAAGCUGCUGCUGUCAGGUUAAAAAAAAAAAAAAAAAAAAAAAAAAAGCAAAUCAACUCCAGAUCAUUUCACGUGUGUCAGCGUCACGGCCUGUAAUCCACACCCAGCCACAGCCAGAGAAACGUUUUCAUGUUGAUAAAUCUCUGAAUAUUAAGUAACCUUCACUUUAAAGCUACAAAACAGUCUAAUUUUGUCAUCAGUCAUGACUUUUGAGUGAUGCUACGCUCCAUGAUAGUCAUUACGUCUGCACCAGGUUCUCGUUCUGUGUGCAGGGAAACACUCUGGAUUGUUUUGUAAAUGGUUAAAAACCAGUAACGACCCUGCACAGAAGUGUCAGGAGGCUUUUAAAUGGCUAAAUCUCAGAGGAAGAUAGCGUUGACGACUGCUAGCUUGUUUGUUUUCGUGCCGUUUCCCACCAGGUUGGUGUGGCGUGUGAUGUCCAGCGUGCAGGUCGUCGGCUCGGAGGUGGUAGCUGCCCGAUGUGACUCCACGAUCAACCACAAACGUGUUGAUAAGCUGUUUUGUAAGUAAAUGCUUUCUAGAGGGAGGGAGAGAGUGUUUUUGUACAGAAAAUGUAACACCUGAUUUCCUGGCAGUUAGCAGCCAAAGAGUUGUUUCCAAAAAAUGGAUUUAUUAGCAGUAAAAUCAAGAGAAAAAAAAAAAUGCAGUUAUUUGUGUUUUUAAGCUUUCAGGAGCAGCGUGGGAGGGAGGGAGGGUUUUCAGUGUUGCCUUAAAUAUAUUUUUAUAUUGUGAGAAGUGCAGUAUGUUUCUGUGCCUACAUGUGAAUCAGGGAGGGGAAAUGAACAACCGAGUACUAGUCAUCGGUUCAAUCAGGAGAACGUGUGGUUGAAGUCUGCAGGUUUAUUUUUUCCAGUCGGGCGCGACAGCUGCUGAUUCCACCGACGAGCUCGUCCUCUGAAGUCAAAACAAACACGUCGACUCAUCCAUCUCCGCUUCCAGACGCCUGUUUGGAUGUUUUCUGAGCGGUUGUCAUUUCCCUGCGCCUGAUCGUGAUGCGUCUCGGCGAGGUGAAGUCAGGUCUGCAGCCUCAGACGGCCGCCCUUCACGCCGCUGCAGGCAGUUGAGCACACGAUUGGCUGAGGCCUUUGUUGCUCUCGCUGGGUGACGAUGAGAGAGAAGCUCGGCUCCGAGCGAAUGGCUUCGCCCGUCUUUAUUGAAAAAGCUUUCGCUGAUGAGAGGAUGAACAGUUGCUGGGCAGGAUGUCUCCACGCGCAGCCCAGCGUCGGGCUCGCGGCGCCCUCUGCUGGAGGCUGCGGCUCAUGUGUCUUUCUUUGUGUCAUGCCAGGUAACACUGCCCACGCCAGGGUGUGUGCCACUGCUGUACUGAUGAUAUACAGUACACUAUAACGCUUUAAACGUGUGUGUGUGUGUGUGUGUAAAUGGACUUUUAUUCCUGUAUAAAUCCAGAUUCAAGCUUAUUUUUUAAUCCUGUGUGAUCCAGAUUUCCGUUCACGUUUGUGUUUUGUCUCCCAGCUACAGAGAAAAAUAAUGAAUUCAGCAGCCAGAUGAGAUUUUUUUUUUUUCCAGAGAGUCAGAGGUCAGACGUCCAGGAUGCUUCACUGCCUCUUUCUAAUCCUAUUCGCUCAGUAGUUCAUCACGGAUGCUUUUAAUGUGCUUCUGCGUAUGCGAGCCCUCGUUCCUUAAACGCUUCGGUGGGGAGAAUUAACCGAAUUUGUGGAAAAACGGCUGCGAGCAUAAAUGAAGUCGUGAGUCACUGUAAGACCUCAGGACAGCGUGUGAAGGUAAAGGCUUCUCGGAAAACACGUGACGAGGAGUUUACUGUUGUUCAGGCUGUUCGCUGCUUUUCUGUUUGGAUCUGAAAACUGUAACAUCGAGUGUUAGAAGCCAUGUUUCCACCCGCAGGACGGAUCAGGAUCUCAGGUAAUGAGCCUGCAGAAAGUCCUGGAUUGUUGGGUCGUACUCUCCAAAAGUACGUUAACUGUGUGAGACUACGGCCUCCGUUUUAAAUCAAUCUGCAGGUCUGAGUGUUGCCACGAUACUGGAAUUUCUUGCUUUGAUUACAGCAACUUGAAAAAUGUCAAUACCUUAAAAUAUAUGUGAUUAAAUGGGGAAACAUUGACAACGUUGGUGGGGCGUAAAAUAUCAAAAGUUAAGUUGUAAAGCUGGAAUAUACAAGUUAAUUUCAGUAUUUCUGACAACACUAGCGACACCAGACCAGUUUGUUUUCUUGCUCACUGUGAUUUGAUUCAUCAGCCAGGAGUCGUAAUUUAAAAACAACAGACUGGAGGAACCUUCAGUUUCUAGAAAAACACUUCCUGGGACUAAACAGUUUUGGGGACCGUUGGGUGGAAACGUGGCUUUUCUAAGGUGCUCCUUCUGUUUUUAACUCGAUCUGGGUCUGAAGGAAGAAUCAUAUGAAGGUUUCUAGACUUUGUUUUGUUCAAUAGAAACUGAAAUUUCAAACCUUUUCAGGAGCACAUUUCAGAACUGGUUCCAAACUGUUAAUGAAACUAAACUUCCCCCCUUUUUAUUAAUCGAAGUGCCACUGAUCAGAGAGCAGCUUCUGGCCGGAGAGAGUUUUGUCCUUUUCGAAUGUAUCCUCUCUUAUUCCUGAAAGACUUGUGUUAUUGUGACGUGAUAUUAAAAGAAAGGGUUGCUUUUCAUUUCGCCGCUCCACUAUACGAGAUAUUUUAAGUAUUUACUUUCACACACUACAUGUUGAAUGAAGGUCACGACGCUUCUGUUUGCUGCUUUGACGAAAACAAAACGUGAAAAUCUGCGUAAAAUGAUUGUUUUCUUACUGGUUUGCCGGAGAUUUAUGAAACGGUUCAGUGAGGUUUUGAGUUUCAUUAAACUUGUUCAACAUGAA